AUGUCAUCUCGCGCCUCUUUCAUCUUCCUUUGCCUCUUCUCCUUCCUCAUUAGCUUCACAGCUUAUGGUCAAGAUCCAGUAUUGAGCCAUGUUUGUUCAGAUAGGACAACUUAUACAAGGAACAGCACUUACUCUAAUAAUCUCCAAACCAUUUUGUCGUCUCUCUCUUCCAGCAACGCCUCAUACUCCACCGGAUUCCAAAACGCCACGGCAGGACAAAACACUGACAUGGUCACUGGACUUUUCCUCUGCCGGGGAGACCUCUCGCCGGAAGAUUGUCGUACCUGCGUCGCCUUUUCCGUCGAUGAAAUUUUGAUUCGGUGUCCCAGUGAGACUCAAGCCGUGCUCUAUUCGGAUGAGUGUAUGCUCAGAUACUCUAACAAGAAUAUUCUCUCGACCCUCACAACUGAUAGAGGAGUGAUGAUACCGAGCACCCGGAAUGUUCCACCUAACCAGUUAGACCGGUUUAUAGAUUUGGUUUUGUCCACCAUGAACCAAGCGGCCAAUGAAGCCGCGAGCAAUUACAGAAAAUUCGAUGCGAGAAAAGUCAGUUGGACCGCACAGCAGACCUUGUAUGGACUGGUUCAGUGCACUCCUGAUUUGACGAGACAAGACUGUUUGCGGUGUCUACAACUUAGCAUUAAUCAGUUACCUACUGAUAAAAUUGGAGGAAGAGUUCUUUAUCCGAGCUGUAGUUCACGAUACGAGCUUUACGCGUUCUACAACGAAACCGCCAUUGGACGACCAUCACGAUAA